UAGUGGAUUUUCUGUUAAAUGAAUAAAAAGAAAGACCCAAUUAAAAAGAGGAGGAUACAUUCUGUUUCCAAAACGAUAAAGAAAUGGCAAAUCUGUUUCUUAGAGUCAAAGAACCAAACUGCAGAAUAAAAGAACAAAAGAAUGARUAAAAGAACUGCUGAAACCGACUGCAUUGUUGGUUGAUGGGCUGUGGGUUGCUGCUGUCAGGUAGCAGUGACUCGUGUCUUUUCUACAGUUUUUUUUUGCCUCUCACAUCCUUGCAGAAAACCAGCAGUGAACAUUCUGCAUAUGCCAUGCAGAGCUGUUCCAGAUUGGUUUUAGGGAGUAAAAUCCUGUCUCACUCUUGUCUAUUUUCUUUUGCAAUGGGAAAUGAAAAUUACCAUGUAAUACUAUAAUUGGCAGAUACUGUUGUUGCUCAUAAUAUUAUUCCAAUGUUUUAGUAACUCUCUUAUUGUGUUAAUUCACUUUGUGCUGUCCUGCUAGUUUACAGUCAGAAGAGUGGCUAAAUGAAGCUGAAAGCUAUUAUUUCUUUUUCCUAUGCUGACUAAUUAGUCUUUUGUUUCCUUGUAUCAGAAAGUCACAGACGCAGUGAGUUUAAAGCUAAUCAAUUACUAUACAUGUACUGCAUGAAAUCAAACAGAAAAGACAUUUAGCAUGCUCACUUUCUGGUCUAGCAAUAACUCAGCUUGUAGAGCUCCCAUUAUCUUAAAGGUAGAGCACUGCAUGGUCUUAUAMAAAUUUAGAGUAAACUAAUUCAUAUUUUCUUUAAAAGAGUAAUAGAAAUAGUCAAAUUUAUCUUUUCAGAGCUAGACCAUGCAGAACUACUUAAGCCAAUGGGAGAUGGGCUGGUCCCUCCACAAGCAUAGUCUAAUUCACUAUUUAUUUUGUUGAAACUUUGGACUUGCUGUUCCAUUAAUUGACUGUUCUCUUUGUCUUUGUAUUUACUUUCCCAGAUGUUCCAGCCUAUCAUUUUACUUAUUCUCAUCCUUGUAUUAUUUUCAUCCCUUUCAUACACAACAAUAUUUAAGCUUGUCUUCCUUUUUACACUGUUUUUUGUACUGUAAGCCAUUCGUCAUUUACUGUUCAUUGUAGUAUUAUUUUCAGUUUGUUUAUUUUGUCCACCCUCCAAGAUAAGAACUGCAAGAGACAUAGUUUCUGUAAUAGCCACUGCUGUAAAAACACUGAAGACUACUUGUUUGCCAAAAACAAAAAAGACAAAACCAAAAAAGCAAAACAUAUACCAAAAAGUCACACAGUUCAAUAGGAGACUCUCUCACCAAGAUAUUCCAGAUCGAGAUUUGCAGAACUGGAUCUCAGCUAGCUAUGCCUUUCACUGCUUUCACUGCUCUUUAGAAACGGACUGCAAAACUUCCAAAGGAUUUCUUACUCCAUGAAAGGAAAUUCAGGGAAGAAGGAAAAACACAGAGCUGUCUUCUUGCUGUUACACAAACUGUAGCCAUGGACCUGCAAAAACACCUCGACAAUACUGAGAAGAAUUGGAAUAARGAGAAAAUGGAAUUGCUGGAGAGAUUUGACAAUGAAAGGAAAGAAUGGGAAUGUCAAUGGAAGGUUAUGCAGAAGAAAAUAGAAGAGCUUUACCAGGAGGUAAAACUUAGACGGGAGAACAAUAUGAAUGUCCUUGAUAAUAAAGACAUUCAUAGCAAGAUGCUGCAGCUGUCCAUGUAUUCCCCGGCUUUGGAAGAGAGUGACACAGUGGAGCUGAACUAUCAAUACAAUGUGGCAAAUGACAGGAAGGAAAAAGGGAGUUUGCUCAAUAAAACAGGACAAGACUGUAAAGAAGCCAGAGCCAAGUGGAAAACUAACGAUCUGUUAAGGGACAAUCUGGCCUUUGAGAACCAUGAGGAACCUGAAGACAGCUUCAGCAUCAAAGCUUCCAAGAAAAAUGCCAAGAAUUAUAUUGGUGAUCUCAAUGUAGCUCUUAAAGAACUUGCCAGAGUUAGUGAAGAAUUAUGCAGCUAUCAAGAGGAAAUUCGAAAGAAGUCCAACCACAGAAGAAUGAAGUCACUUCCUUUCCUGGGGGAAUUUGAAGAAACCCAAAACACAGUUAUUCUGCCUGAGAUGAACCAUGUGUCCAGCAGUGAAUCACAGACUUCAGUUGUUUUUGAGACGGAGGAGCAUAAUAACAGGAAGAAUCUGAUGAGUUCCACCAAAGGUUUGAAGGACUUGUCUUACAGUGCUGGUGACAGAGGAACAGACUUCAGGUCGUGGCAAAGAAAAGAAGCUCCGCCGGUUCCUCCUCGGAGCACUUCUCGGCACCUGACAAACUCGCUCUCUGCAAUUGUGCAGCUUUUUGAAGCACCACUGAGAGAUGCAGGUGUCAAAAGCAAUUGCAAGGUUCAGGAUUGUAGGAGCGGAAAUAAAGUGAUGAAUCCUUCACCUGUGAAACAAGAUGAAACUGCUGUGGCCUGUGCCAGUGAAGGACAGACUGUGAGAGGUCCUGUGGUUGUAACUGCUGCAACRCCGGUAAUCAAAAAUGAGUGCAAUGGACCCGCGAGUUUCUGCCACAACACAUGGGCUCAUGACGUGAGCAAGCUUGGAAAGGAGAGCACACGUGAGCCCUCUGCACUGCCAGCCCAGAAGAGUUGUUCAGAUGGAAAUAUGGCCCAAACCAAGACACACCAGAAACAAAAUCUCAAGUCGCAGGGCGGUCAUUAUCACAGUAAUGACUUUUAUGCCCCUGCUGCCCUGCACAAUGGUCUUUUGGAAGACUCGAGGUGUGCUUCGGGAAAGAGCCCCAGAAAUGAAACUUUAGCAGCAAAGAUUGAUGAGUUUAACCGGACUGUAUUUCAUACAGAUAAAUGUAACAAUUCUUUGCAAGAAAAACAGAUUCUUCAAACUGCACCAGAAGAUCACAAACCUUGCAGCUCUCUGUGUGACUCUGCAGUUAGCAGGACAGAAACUGUAAAUAUGCCCUCUAUUUCAAAUCCCAAGAUCUCUGCAGCAAAGGAACAAGAAACUAGCAACCCUAGCAAAGCUAGCAGAGCAGCAGGGCAACAGAGGCAACUCAAUGGGCUUCCAAAUAGUAGUGGUUACAGGCACAUGCUUCAUGAGCAUGACUGGAGACCAAGUAAUUUAUCUGGUCGCCCACGUUCAGCUGACUCAAGGUCAAACUACGGUGUUGUUGAAAAGCUUCUGAAAAACUAUGAAAAAUCAGCAGUGACUUCUCCAUGUAAUGCAAAAUACUGCAAGGACAAGUGGGCACAGGCAAGUUGUCAGUUCAGUGAGACGUCAAGUCAGUUUUUAGAAAUGCUCCAUACUGACCAAGGAAAGCAAGAGUUUCCACGGAAUUCAGCCAGACAUAUUGGGCAGCAAUUCAAGCAAGGAAAAGAGAGGCAGAAGUUACCAGAGGUAUCGGUGCCUGCUAAAUGUUCCAGCGGAAACGGCUUCUCCCGGCCGGCUCGGCCAGCAAACCGGCGCCUGCCGUCCCGCUGGGCCUCCAGGUCCCCGUCCGCGCCGGCCGCUGCGAGGAGGACGGCGCACAGCUCUGCCGUGCCCUUCCGCCCUGAGACCUCGGCACUCUGAGCCCAGGGCUCGUGGGGAGCGGCGCUGGGAAAGCUCCGCUCCCGGCUGUGGCUGCCGCGGGGCUCUGCGCGGCCGCCAGCCCCGCUGCUGCCUCUUGUCCCAGGGGGAUCCCCUCGCCCGGCCUGCUGGGCAAAGCGCWUUGACUCACAGGGCAUCGGCACAGUCUUCAGUGUUUUUAUUGAGAUGAAGUAACUCUACUCCCAUUUUUCUCUGAUUUUUUUUUCUUUUUGGUAAUCACUCACAAGGAAUUUUUUUUUUUUUUUUGAAUGGCAUCUUUGUUAGUUUGCCACUCAAUUUUGAGUUAAAACUAUGUAUAGUGCUGUAUAUUCCGACUCUUUUGCAAAUAGCAGAAGAUAAAGCUGUAUGCAUGAUCAUGUGUUUGUAGGUGCAUGUGUUGGAAUAGGAAGUAUACAGGUCUGUAUUUAGAAGAGACAAACUGUGCUAGUGUUGACUUUGAAAUUACAACUUAUCUGCCUACAUAUAUAUAUACUUUGUGUUUAUUUUAAAAAGUUUGAAAUAUACAGUCCUGAUGACAUUUAUAUUUUGUAUAUCUUUUACAUAGGYUCACAGGUGUAGUAUUUAAUGUACAAAAACUAAAUAUGCAUUUUUGUGACUCURACUGCAGCGAUAAUGCCUUGCACAACGCGUAUCUGAAGCAGACUCGCCCGACGGAUUCCCAGGUCAUGCUUCGUGGCAUCCUUGUUCAGUUUCUCAAUCCAUGCGAUGCUAGGUCAAAGGACCCAAACGUAUUUUUUCUGAAUUAAAAUACUAUAUGAUUUAUACCACGUUAGCCUUUUUCAGCACCAGAGACAUUCCUGAAAUCCCAACCCCUUAAAAAGCUUAAAUGUGCCAUUAUAUAUAUAGCAUACUGUAAACAUUUAACUUUAGUAGAUUCAACUAGUGUAAUAUAUGAUUUAUGAAGGGAAGAAAAGAGUUGUCUAUGCUCAAUUCUGUAAAACUUAUUUUUCCUUCUAGCGUUAUUCUUUGAGGUUUGGCCAAGUCACGUAACAAAGGACUUGUUUCCUUUCACUCAAGGCAGGAGAACAAGGACUGUUGUUGUCCGCAGUGCUGCAGACGCCCUCUUUUCUACUCUUCUCCUAGACUGGAGUGCCUGAGUCUCUUGCCACUCGCUGCUCCCCGACUGACUUAUGGCAGUCACGACGUUUACCUGCACUCUGGCAACAAGCUGCAUAUGGUAUGGAAAUAGUGCAUCGAGGUGCAAUCACAUGGUGCCAGAAACCCUAGACAAAUGGCACUGGAAGUCUCUUUUUUGCCAUCRUCUGACUGUAUUCUCGACCGCCCAAAUGAUGUGUAUGGAUAUGCAUGGGUGCUACAAAAACUCUUGCUGAACUUUCAGAAUGACGGUGUCCUACAUCCUGGAAUUUUUGCACCCUUCUCCAGRCUGUUGCUGGAUGCAUAGUGUGCUAAUGAUGAUAAAUGUUACCAUUUAACAGCAUGUCUAGGUUCAAAGGAGUAAAGAAGCACUUCUUCAACAUCAGCCUAAUCUUAUGUCUUGCACCUUUUCUUCUUCCCCUGGAGAAAUACAGUGUGUUCAAAGGCAUUUCAGAAAUCAUCCCACGAUGCAUUAACAUGCACAUCUUCCUACAUGAAUGUAAAAAGGAUUUCAGAGAGAGUAUAGGCUUUUUGUCCUAGUGAAUUGUAUGUGUGGCAAAAUAGGGAAAAUUAGGUGUGCUUAUCUUGAUAGUGAUUUAUUGUCCUACUCCAGUCAUGUUGAGAAUCCACAACCUAUUGCUUCCUUUUAGGACCUUGUUCUUCUUUCUUUGGCACAGCUAUACAUUUGCAGGGAGAGCAAACAGAAGACCACCUUUUCUGAGCUCCACAGCCUGUGUGGUAGGAUCAGGACCGUUUCAGGCGCCCCAGUGUUGGGACAAAUAGGCAUUAGAGCCAAAAAUCCAGCCUCGUCCCACCACUGUGGAGGUCUGCAUGGCAAAGAUGUGCUCAGAGGCUUUUCCCGAUCUGGAGUUCCUGCUCCUUUCCAUGUGUUGAAACACAGGAAGGCCUCAAGCAGACAAACAUUUUAUUGCAGUGUCCUCAGACAUUAGUGCGAAGUUAUUACUGGAAAAGUUUUGAGGACACAAAACCUUGAAGCAAAUUUUUUUCCUGGUUGAAUAGAGACAAAAAUCUGUCUGCUUGAGGGAGAAUUCAAGAGAACUGUAGAUUUACCUGUUUGCCCUAAUUUGCAGAUUGCACUCCGUUCAAACUUCCCUAGAGCUAGAAAAAUUAUAGAUGCUUUAAAGUUAAUUUGGAACAUUGCUCAAGAUUCUGUCUAACUGUGAAAAUCAGCAAACCAGAUGCCUUGCAAACUGAUCUUUUAAAUACCUGAGUAGCUGAAUAGCUUUGACUGCCUAAAGCUGAGGAGAGGAUAAUAUUACAGAAUUGUGUAAAUUAUUACUUUUCAUUUCAGUCAGUGUUGACUGUGGUAAAACUCUUCUUUAAAUUACCUCAUGGUAAUCUUGAACGGUUUUGUUCUGAAAAAAAUGGUGGUGAACUUUUGUUUGAAGUAUGUAACUGUAUGAACAGUUUCCCUUGAUAGUCAAUGAAGGUG